AGCCUCGAGCUUGUGGGUCAGCAGCGGCGGCACCGGGCAGAGGGGGGGCCCUCCUGGCCAGCCCGCGCCGGCACGGGCCGAGGCCUCUCCGCUCGCCUUUCGGCGCACCGCGCGCUCCUUCCCCGAUGGCCAUGUUCCUGGACGCGCGGUUCAGCGAGGCGCUCGGCAGCGCGAUGCUCGGCAAGGCCAACCCGGCAGAAGUCAAGGAGGCGAUCGCCGCAAUGGAGGCGCAGACGACUGCCACGGUGGGCUCCGAGAUGUGCUGGCCCGUGGACUGGUUCCCCGAGCACCUGCCGAUAGAGUCGGCGACUGGCAACUCCGUCUGGCUACACCUGCAGCACCACGCCGACCCGCACAGCUGCAUAAGCCAGUGGCCGCCGGUGGACAGGGGCCCCGUGACCAAGGAGGACGUCCUCGUCUUCGCAGACAGCUUCGGCUUCUGCAAGGAGAUUCUCGAGCAGGCGCCCCCGGGCCGCCUGGGCCUCACCAACGUGCAGACAAAGGCCGCGUCCGCGCAGUCCGAGAAGGAUGUCAGGAAUUUGGUCAAGAUGCACCCGUGGGACGUCAUCAUCUUCGCUCUUGGGGUCGACCCGCCCGAGAAGAACGAUAUAGAUGAGAUCCACCGUCAGCAGAUUGCCGUCAUCAAGGUUCUUCUUACCAUCUUCAAGUGUCUUGCGGACGACGCGUCCAGGUGCAAGCGCUUGGUCGUGCUCACGUCGGACUGUUUCGCCGAGGAGACUGAGAUCCACGAGGAGAUGGGCCUCGGCCUCAUCACGCACUGCACUCUGUUCGGCAUGUGCAACUGCGCACGCUUGGAGAUGCCCGUGCCAAUCCAGUACAUCGACGCAGAGUGGGCCCUCAGGACAGAGAACAUCAAGUAUCUGGCAUCUGAGAUUUUCCGCCACUCGUCCUUUGGCCACAACACGGUCCGCAUAUUGAAUCGCGGCCGCUACGUGCUGAGGCAGGUACCGUCGAAGCCGUACGAGAACCUUCCUGACUUUCAGGUUCCAGACGACGGCGUGAUCGGGAUCAGUGGCGGCAAUGGGGCGCUCGGGAUUGUCAUGGGCCAGUUCCUUCUGGCCAAGGCUAAGGAGCAGGGGGGCAAGCGCUUCUCCAUGAAGUUCCUGUCGCGGUCCGCGAGGGUCACGGACGACAACCUGGCGAACUGGGAGGACGUGCAGCGGCUGGCGGCCGAGCUGGGCAUAGGAGUCGAGCAGGCGAAGUGCGACUGUGGUAGCCGCGAGUCGGUGGACGCAUUCGUGAAAGAGCACACCCCGAACCUGCGGGGCUUCAUCCAUUCCGCCGGCGUGCUGCGGGACGGCAUGCUGAUGAACCUGACGAUGGAGAGCUACGACGAGGUCUUCCAGCCGAAAUCGCGGGCUGCUCUCUUCCUGCACAACGCUCUGGAGGAGAACAAGAACCCGUGGCUGGAGUUCUUCUGGCUCUUCUCCUCAAUCGCCGUGUACGGCAGCAUGGGCCAGGGCAAUUACUCAGCGUCCAACGCUUAUCUGGACGGACUUUGCCGCCACCGCAAGGCGCUGGGGCUGCCAGCGCAGGCGCCCCAGUGGGGCCCUUGGGGCGAGGUUGGCAUGGCCUCGAGGCUCGACCCGGUCAUGAAGGCGCGCAUGGCCGCCCAGGCCAUUCCUCCUUUCAGCAGUGCGGACGGCUUGCGUGGCCUCGAGUGCCUGCUGAGGAGCGGCAUGCCUCAGGCUCAGGUGACACAGUUCAACCCGGCGGCGGUGGCGCAGACGCUGAUCGCGGGCGACCGCACGCCGACCGAGUGUUACGUGCAGAACUUCUGGGCGAUCUGCCAGCCAAGCCGCCCAGGCGAUCCCAACAAGAAUCCGUACUCGACGCUGUCCUACACGAAGCGCGCCCAGAACCUGCAGUACCAGAAGGGGCUCGGCUUCAUCUACUACCACGGCGACGUUGCCGAGUACUUGCAGGAGGAGGAGGAGUGAUUUGGGGCGACUUUGUCUUGUACUGAAUAUAAGAGUCUGUGUUCUCACCUCGGAUGCUCACUCCCUCCUCCCAGCAGCUCUUUCCCUGUCCCGCCUUCGCAGCCAUGAGACGCGAGUGAAGUCUUAAGCUGCCUGCGCCGAGGAGAAGCCAGCCUUCCGC